AUCCAACAAAAUUGAGCCAUGUGGUAAGCUCUCAUUGGAUAAGAGAAGCGAUCCGUCAAAACUCUGACCGUACUACCCCACCUUCCCGGCUGUGAGAUCUGGUUGGUUGCCGGUUCGUCUCCAAUUCGGGGUAAACGGAGAAACGCAGGAAAACAAAGAUGAAAAUUCCCAACCCGCCAUGAACAAAUUCUCGAGAAAAUUUCUCUCCGUUUCCUAUCGAUUCCUAGCAACCAAACACCCCGCCGAGAAAAAAAAAAUUCACUUGUUUCUCACUGCACAAUCAGCACAAACGACCAAAUCACCCGCCAGACAAGAGAUUCCCACUGCCCAUUUCCCUCCCCCCGCCAGAUCAUUCACCACCACCACGAUACAAUAAUGCCGUCGUCCCAAAUCCUCCCCGUCACCACAAUCCACCACCAUAAUUCCUCCUCGCCGCCAAUUGCAGAGACUUCGCUGUCGAUCAAAGAAGAAGACGAAGAGGAGAGUGUUAAUCAGAUGGUGAUGAACCUAGUCAUCGACGACCCUUCAACCCGGCUCCUGAUUUCUUCCUCCGACGAGAUUACCACAUCCCACAAGAAGCCUCUGCUGUAGCGGAAUUCUAGUUUUUCAGGUAUUUCCACUGCCAGAAGUAGUACUAGUAGUAGUGGUAGUAGCAGUAGCGAAGGGUUCGGCAAGUUUUAUGAUCACAGCAAGAAGAAGAGGCGUCGUCGGACGGCUAGUGAAACGUGUCUGCUUUCCUCGAUUGUUUGUUCAGAUAGUGGUGGUGGUGGUGGUGGUGGGGCGGGGGAUGAAGGGAGCGGCCGGCAGCAGUCGUUGAGCCGUGAAGUGGGUCAUGCGGCGGCCGAGACGUUUCUGCUUACCAGAUUGAGUUUGCAGCUCUUGACCUAUCUUGGGUACUCAUUUUUUUUUUUGGGAUUCUUCCUCUUUUGGUUUGUGCUGCUUUGUUUCGUAAUGGCAUUUCUGCAAACCAUUGUGGUUGCUGAGCAUUUCUGUUUAUUCAGGGUAGGCUAUAGAUGGGUGAUGAGAUUUGUUGCUCUUGGUUUCUACUCGUUGAUGCUUAUGCCGGGUUUCAUUCAAGUUGGAUAUUAUUAUUUCUUCUCCAAGCAAGUGAUCAGAAGUGUAGUUUAUGGCGAUCAACCACGAAAUAGGAUCGAUCUGUAUAUACCGAAGAAUAGCGAUGGACCAAAGCCGGUUGUUGCGUUUGUAACUGGUGGAGCCUGGAUAAUUGGGUACAAAGCUUGGGGUUCCCUGCUAGGAUGGCAAUUAUCGGAAAGAGACAUUAUAGUGGCUUGCAUAGAUUAUAGGAACUUCCCACAAGGAACAAUGAGUAACAUGGUGCAGGAUGCAUGUCAAGGUAUCUCAUUUGUAUGCGAAAAGAUAGCGGACUAUGGAGGUGAUCCUAAUAGGAUUUAUUUAAUGGGGCAAUCAGCUGGAGCGCACAUAGCUUGCUGUGCCCUUGUUGAGCAAGCAAUUAAAGAAGUUGUUGAAGGAGAGAAUGUUUCUUGGAGUGUUUCUCAGAUAAAGGCAUACUUUGGUUUAUCAGGAGGGUAUAACUUGUUCAACCUGGUAGAUUACUUCCACAGCCGGGGUCUGUAUCGAUCCAUAUUUUUAAGCAUAAUGGAAGGUGAAGAGUCUUUAAGACGGUUUUCCCCUGAAGUACUAGCCCAGGAUCCAAGCUUGAAAAAUGCAAUAUCUCUCCUGCCUCCAAUCGUUCUUUUCCAUGGCACCGCAGAUUAUUCAAUCCCCUCUGAGGCCAGCACUAGUUUUGCUGAAACGCUCAAGGGAGUGGAGUCAGGGCUGAGGCAAUUACAUACGAAGGCAAGACCCACACAGAUUUGUUUCUUCAGGAUCCAAUGAGAGGUGGCAAAGAUCAAAUGUUCGAGGAUUUAGUAUCCAUAGUUCACGCCGGUGACCAAGAGGCCGAAGCCAAAGACAAGGUGGCCCCUCCAAGGCGUCGCCUUGUUCCCGAGUGCAUGUUGCAGUUAGCUCGCAAAGUCAGCCCCUUCUAGCAUAGCUUAGCAUAGCACAUCCUUUAACGAAAUAAAACGUAGAAGCACUUUCUUCUGUGAAGUUUGCUUCUUCAAGUUACUAUAUGUAUAUGGUAAUUCUUUGUUUCUUUUUUUACCCCCCUUUUGUUUGUAUGAAGCUUGGCAAUCAUUAUUUACUAGUUCAAUGUAGGCCAUUGUUUUGAGAGACUAUUGACAUUUGGGUAGAUUGAUUCUUUGAUGAAUGAAAACUUGCAUUCUGCAAUGGUCACGAAUACGAAACUUUUGAAUAAUGUGAUCCACAUAUGGUUUCUCUGUAUUUGCUACAAGUGGAUGAUUCGAACCGUCGGAGGAGGUUGAGAUCUUGCUUUGUCAGGUAUAAGCAGUGGCGGAUCCAGGGCUGGGCCAACCCAGGCCCCGGCCCAGCCCUCAUGCGGAUCCAGAGUUAGUUUAGUGCUUAUAAAAUUUUUCGAUUUAG